AUGGAGACAGAAAAGGUGCUAGCAUCGCAAGAAACGCGCGAGGGAGUCUUGGACACAAUUUCCGAUCAGGAUGAGAGAGAACUAGCGAAAGUAGGGAAGAAGAGUGUGCUUAGGCGUAACUUCGCCUUUCUAAGCAUCCUCGGCUUCUCCUGCUCUCUCAUGGUCACAUGGGAGGGCCUCUUCAGCGUUUUCAUCUUCGGCCUUCAGAACGGGGGACCCGCCGGUCUUAUUUACGGCUUCCUCUUCGUCUGGAUUGGAUAUGCAGCCGUGGUCGCAACAAUGGGAGAGCUGGUUUCCAUGUGGCCCACCGCGGGGGGUCAGUACCAUUGGACGCACCAGCUGGCACCUGAGAGGUGGAAGAAUUUGCUGAGUUACAUCACGGGAUGGCAGUCUGUAAUUGCAUGGCAAGCAGUCACCGCCUCGGCCGGCUAUCUUACCGCUACGACUUUCCAAGGUCUCAUCAUCAACUCUCGGCCGUCCUACAACGCCCAGCGUUGGCAAGGCACACUCUUGAUCUUCGCCGUCAUCUUCAUUGCGCUAAUCUUCAACACAUUUCUCGCGAAACUCCUGCCGCGAACGGAGCAAGCUGUUUUGGCCCUUCACAUUACCCUCUUCUUCAUCGUACUCAUUACUCUCACUGUCAUGGCUCCGCAGAAGAGUACAAGCCAUGAUGUAUGGGCACUGUUCCUUAACGCGGGAGGCUAUGAAAGCAAGGGUCUUUCUUUCUUUGUUGGCCUUAUCACGCCCGUCUUUGCAUUCUUGGGCGCAGACGGCGCCGUGCAUAUGUGCGAGGAGAUAAAGCACGCUUCCACCGUUCUACCGAGGGCCAUGCUCGGUUCCAUCGCUAUCAACGGCCUUACCGGAUUCACGAUGCUCAUCGCGAUGCUCUAUUGUAUCGGCGACGUUGAUGCUGCGCUCAACACGCCGACCGGCUACCCUUUCAUCGAGAUCCUCACGCAAGGCACGAGAUCCAUCGCCGGUGGAACUGCGCUCUCAGCCCUCAUCUUUACCAUGUUCAUCCUCGGAACUAUAGUCAAUGUGGCUUCCGCCUCGCGCCAGCUCUGGGCUUUCGCGCGCGACAACGCGGUCCCGAAUGCGCGGGCGAUCAGCUACGUCCAUCCGAAGAUGAAAAUCCCACUCGUCAGCAUUGCGAUUACGUGCUCGAUCAGCUGCCUUCUCUCACUUAUCAAUAUUGGUAGCGCGGCGGUGUUCAACGCCAUCGUCUCCCUCACCGUGGCGGGAUUCUUCGCGUCAUAUAUGGUGCCCUUCUCACUCCUCCUAUACACGCGGUUGUACCACCCCUCGAAACUUGACUUCGGACCCUGGAGACUGGGAAAAUGGGGCCCGUGGGUCAAUGGGUGCGCGAUAUGCUGGAGUAUUUUGGUUACGUUCUUUAGCUUUUGGCCGGCGGCGGUGCCGGUCACAGCGACGAAUAUGAAUUGGAGCUGUGUGCUCUGGAGCGGGGUGAUGAUCUUUGCAGGCACUUUCUGGCUAGCCCACGGGAGGAAAGUCUUUAAGGGGCCAGUUAUCGAGACUAGUCUUGCCGAGGUGGUCACGUGA